CGCUACCAUCUAAUAGCUUUUAAUUUGCAAGUGGAAAAAUGAUGAAACUAAGGUCAAUCAAGUUCUGCAGAAACAACUCAACAAAGCUAGCAAGCGGCUGCGCCACCGCGAGCGCCGCCGUCGGAUCCGCCAACAAAGGUGGCGAAAUCAAAUGGGAGGUGCGCCCCGGCGGCAUGCUCGUCCAGAAGAGAGAAUGUGCAGAGAAUGCUGAAGAAAUCAUCACACUUAGAGUUUCAACUGUCUCCCAAUGCCACCAUAUUUCCAUUCAAGCUACUUCAACUUUUGGGGAGCUAAAGAUGUUGAUGUCAUUGAUGACGGGAUUAGACCCCAAAGAACAAAGGGUGUUGUACAAAGGUAAAGAGAGGGAAGACUAUGAAUACUUGCACAUGGUCGGAGUUAGCGAGAAGGACAAGGUUUUGCUUCUAGAAGAUCCCGCCGUCAAGGAGAGGAAGCUUCUUAUUGAUUCGCCGGCCGACCAAGUCGCCGUCGUCGUUGGUGCCUCUUAUCGCACCAUUAGUGUCUAACUUCAGCCAAAUCCGAAUUAGGAUUCCAAACUCUGGGAAAGAAAAAUAAUUAAUUAAUUAACCACCUCAAUAUUAUUGGUGUUUUUUAUGUUGAGUGUUCCUCCUCCUAGUUGAGGAAUUAACUAACAGCUUGUUAAUUAAUGUAGAUUUUAAUCACCCAAGUUGUGGGGUUGCCAGAGUACUAAA